CAUAUCCUGUGCCCGCUUUGCUAGUGAAUCAGUCGAAUCAGUGAUACAGCUAGAGAGAGCAUAGAGUGUGACUCGAGGCAGCUAUCUGAAAUUCUACACCGAAAAAAAGUGUUUGUCGUGUUGUGAACAGUGCGAAUAGUUAGUUCUACAAAAUGUCUACAGGACUUAACCGCGACAUCCCCAUCAAAUUGGGCGAUUUCAGUGUUAUCGAUACCGAAUUCAGCAGCAUCAGGGAGAGAUUUGAUGCUGAGAUGAGGAAGAUGGAAGAAGAAAUGAGCAGGUUCAGGUCAGAGCUCAUGAACAGAGAGUCCAACAACUUCUUCAGGAGUACCACAAGGUCGUACGAAUGUGAGACUGUAUCAGGAGGCAAUAAGUCGUCCAAAACAAGCACGACCACACAAUCUUCCACAGGAUCUGAUAUUGCCCAAAGAGCUCCAUCUGGAGAUGUGAGAACAUGGUACGAUGACUUAAAUUCCCCUCUCAUCCAGGAACAGGGAGAUAGCAAAUGCCUAAAAUUAAGAUUCGAUGUUAGCCAGUACGCUCCCGAAGAAAUCGUUGUAAAAACAGUCGACAAUAAAUUAUUGGUACACGCCAAACACGAAGAAAAGACAGAAUCAAAAUCCGUCUACAGAGAGUACAACAGAGAAUUCUUGCUCCCCAAGGGCACGAAUCCAGAACACAUCAAGAGCUCCCUGAGCAAAGAUGGUGUCUUGACAGUCGAGGCCCCACUACCAGCAAUCACUUCUGGCGAAAAAUUGAUUCCAAUCCAACACUAAACUAAAUGAAUGACAUAUACUUAUUUUACAAUUCCCAUCAAGCUUCUAGGUCUUAUAAUUUGUUACAAAAAGUAAAGCAGUUACUUUAAUUUUCGCAAUAUUGUUGAUUAAUAUGUAUUUAUGAUGUGCUACUCGAUAUAUUAUUUUGGUUGAAUCAUUGUGAUGGGCUUUUUCGAUGUAUAGCGAGCAACGUCACAAGUAGUGUAAUAAAUUAUAUCUUUUUGUAAGUUAUUUAUAAACAAUAAAAUUAUUUUUAAACUUC